AUGACUGUCCCCCGCCGCUGCCAAGGCGACGUGACGUUCAACGAGAUCUACAGAAAUGCCUUCUCCGAGUGGCCGCGCCACAUCCCCGGCUACAUCUGCAAGACGCCGCCGGUAGGCCGCGGCAGCGCGCCCCGCUUCGCCCAGUGCUGCUCGGGCCCGCUCUACAACAUCACGCACAUCACCGGCCCUUCGGACCCGGCUUUCCCGGUCUCCUGUGCCGCCUUCUGCCAGGUGGACCCCAAGAUGGACGAGACCAACAGCCGCUACCCCUUCGGCUGGUCCGAGCACUUCAUGUGCCUGACCAACGGCGGCGAGGAGCCGUCCGAGUGGGAGGUAGUCUGCGGCAGCGUCUCGGUGUCCGGCAUGCCGUUCCCGACCAGCUACGAGAGCACCAUCAAGGGUCCCUGGCAGACCAAGAGCUACUACCGCCCCUCCGACUCUCCCGACUGGGUGACGUUCAGGAACUCCGAAGAGCACGGCCGCAACCACGAGCGACUCGGACAGCCAGACAUCGAAGUCGGUGCCGAGCAGUGCCGUUUCGUCACCAACAAGUCCCAGGACCACAAGCAACGGUGGCGGGUCAUCCCAGAGCGCUCCCACAGGUCCUUCAACAACGACGGGGACGCCAAGUGCAGGGGGCAGAGGCCGCAGGUCAUCGGCCUCCACAGGCCUUGUUCUAGUUUGUGGGCUGAUAUUAUCCACUUGCAUGUAUCUUUGAUCAAGAGUGCACUCGACAGUAACAGGUCCGACUCUGAGAACACGAGCUUCACAAGCCUUGCGUCAAUCGACUCGUAUUGUAAUAACCAAAGGCUUUAUUUUGACCUCCACUCGACCGGUGGCAUGUGA